GAACUGUGGUCUCCAGCAAAAUGGCGGCUUGAUGCGGACAAAGAUUAACAGCUGGUUUUAUACUCUGGUGACAGCGCGCUGCAGAGCGGAUGUUUACGGAAUGACGUCAUCACAGCUGUCUGCAGGGUUUGGCGCGAACCUUUCGAGAUGGCAGCUGACAAACUGAAGAGUAAAGUGUCCUCCGCCUUUAAGAUGCACGGCCUCCUCCUGCGGGGGGAGGCCAGCAAGUACCUCAGUGAAGUGCUCCGGUCUGUAAAUGAAGUGGAGAUUGAGGACGUCAUUGACAGUAUAAUUGAUGCUGUGGAGAAGCAGCCAUUGUCCUCUAACAUGAUCGAGAAGUCAACAGUGGAGACUGCCGUACAGGAAUGCAGCCGCUCGUGUGAUGAAACAAUAGAGCACAUCUUCAACAUUAUUGGAGCAUUUGACGUCCCAAGAUUCAUCUAUAACUCUGAAAGAAAGAAGUUUCUGCCUUUAAAAAUAGCGAAUUAUCCUGAACCCAAUCUGCUUGCAAGUGCAAGAGACAAAGCCGAGUUAUUCCGGGAGAGAUACACAAUACUGCAGCAGAGAACUCACAGACAUGAGCUCUUCACGGCGCCUGUUAUUGGUGCAAACCCUGAUGAAGGCAGAAGCAAAUUUCAGCUCAAAACUGUUGAAAACCUCUUAGGCAGCGCAGCAAAGAUGGGGGAGGUGAUUGUACUCGGGAUGAUAACGCAGCUAAAGGAGGGCAAAUAUUUCUUGGAAGAUCCCAGUGGAACCGUUCAGCUUGAUCUCAGCAAAGCACAGUUCCAUAGUGGCUUGUACACAGAGUCCUGCUUUGUUCUUGCAGAAGGUUGGUAUGAAGAUAAAGUAUUUCAUGUAAAUGCCUUUGGAUUUCCUCCCACUGAACCUUCUAGCACAACACGGGCGUAUUACGGUAAUAGCAAUUUCUUUGGUGGACCAUCUGCAACAUCAGUAAAAGCUUCAGUCAAACUGAAACAACUGGAAGAAGAGAAUGAGGACGCCAUGUUUGUGUUUGUGUCUGAUCUCUGGUUGGAUCACGUUGAAGUGAUAGAGAAACUCCAUGUAAUGUUUUCAGGAUACUCUACAGCUCCUCCAACUUGCUUCAUUUUCUGCGGCAAUUUCUCUUCAGCGCCCUAUGGAAAGAAUCAAAAUCAGUCACUAAAAGAGACUCUGAAGAAUCUUGCAGAUGUCAUAUGUGAGUACCCGACUAUACACAAAAGCAGUCGGUUUGUGUUUGUACCUGGUCCUGAGGACCCCGGCCCUGGUUUUAUUCUUCCAAGACCUCCUAUUGCAGAACACAUUACAGCGGACUUUAGACAACGAGUGCCUUUCUCCAUUUUCACCACAAAUCCUUGCAGAAUCCAAUACUGCACACAAGAAAUAAUCGUGUUUCGGGAGGAUCUGGUGAACAAAAUGUGCAGGAACUGUGUGCGCUUUCCUAGCAACAGCUUGGAUAUUCCAAACCAUUUUGUGAAAACAAUCCUGUCUCAGGGACACCUGACGCCUCUUCCACUGUUUGUCAGCCCCGUAUACUGGGCGUAUGAUUAUACUCUGCGCUUAUAUCCUUUGCCUGAUCUAGUAGUCGUUGCAGAUAAAUAUGAUCCUUUCUCCAUCUCGAAUACCGAAUGCCUCACCAUCAACCCUGGUUCAUUUCCAAGAAGUGGAUUUUCUUUUAAGGUGUAUUACCCAUCUAAUAAGACAGCAGAAGAUAGCAAACUGCAGAACGUGUGACCGGAUGAUGAAAAUAAGCUUAUGGGCGACAGAAGAUUUUAAAACCCUUUCUGUAAAAAGUGUUUUGUUUUUUCUUUUUUUUUAUGUACAUUAUGUCUGUAUUUUAUGUAUUGGUUACAUUGAUAAUGUAUUGUAAUAAAUGAUGAAAUCUGGUUCAUUUCUCUUGGAUCA